AUGCGACGUCCUACUUCGAUGAAUCCGUACCUGGCCAGUCGGCCGGCCACGCUGGGUAUAGCGAAGCUUCUCUUUCUGCUCCUAGCUCAACUCCCGGCAUUGACUGCUGCCUCUCCCAUUGCUUUGUCUGGUAUUCUAGCGAGACAAGCCGACGAAGGAAAAGACCCUGAGGAUCCGGAGUUAUGGCUGUAUCUGGGAAUCUCGAUUAUACUGGUUCUGUCGGGUGGGGCAUUUGCAGGAUUGACUAUCGCGCUCAUGGGACAGGAUGAAAUCUACCUACAAGUGAUCGCACACUCGGGUGAAGAAUCAGAGAAAAAAUACGCUGCCGCCGUGUUGAAGCUCUUGAAGAGGGGAAAACACUGGGUUCUUGUGACGUUACUUCUGAGUAACGUCAUCACCAAUGAAACACUUCCAAUUGUCCUGGAUCGCUCACUUGGAGGUGGAUGGCCAGCUGUCGUGGGUAGUACUGUGUUGAUUGUCAUCUUCGGCGAGGUUGUCCCGCAAUCCAUCUGUGUUCGCUAUGGCUUACCGAUUGGAGCAUGGAUGGCACCAUUUGUUCUGGUACUUAUGUACGUCAUGUCUCCAGUCGCGUGGCCUGUUGCCAAACUUUUGGACAGACUACUUGGUGAAGACCAUGGAACUGUAUACAAAAAGGCCGGCUUGAAGACAUUGGUGACUCUACAUAAAUCCUUAGGCGCCGCUGGCGAACAACUCAAUUCGGAUGAAGUUACGAUAAUCAGUGCAUGCUUGGACCUGAAGGAAAAGUCCGUUGGAACUAUCAUGACCCCAAUGGAAGACGUCUUCACCAUGUCUGCGGAUACUGUUCUGGAUGAAGAAAUGAUGGAUCUCAUUCUGUCGCAGGGCUACUCUCGUAUUCCCAUCCAUGCGACCGACAAUGAGCGAAACUUUGUCGGCAUGCUACUCGUCAAAAUGCUCAUUACCUACGAUCCUGAAGAUUGCAAGAUGGUUCGCGAUUUUGCGCUUGCUACUCUGCCCGAAACACGCCCAGAAACUAGCUGCUUGGAUAUUGUCAAUUUCUUUCAAGAAGGAAAGUCUCACAUGGUUCUUGUAUCAGACUAUCCAGGCGAAGACCACGGGGCUCUUGGCGUCGUUACGCUUGAAGAUGUUAUUGAAGAGCUCAUUGGCGAGGAAAUCAUCGAUGAGUCCGAUGUAUUCAUUGACGUGCACAAGGCCAUUAGACGAAUGGCUCCUGCUCCAAAGGCACGAGUUCCGAAAGGUCGCAUUGUUGAAGAGCCUCCUUCCCUGCCUGAUAGUACGGUUGAUGACCACAAUGCCCAUCUUGGCCUGUCAAAGAUCCACAGUGCUGGUAGCGAACCUCGCAGACUCAGUUCAGGGGUGGUGCAUCCCCUUGGGCCCAAGUUCACUCUUCGAAACAACUCAGGUGCCCCAGAACAACUGGUCGUAAAGCGAGGAACAGACGAAAUCCGUGAGCAUCUGAAACAUCUCGGACCGUCUAACUUGGCCAGUCGGCCUCGACAAACACGGUAUCAAAAUGUCAAGAUCAAAGCUCCAGGUACUUCGCCUACCCGAUCAGGUAUGACAGAUUCAGAAUCGGGAAGACCUGCGAGCACACAUCGCAGACGUCCUUCCGAAGUUGUAAGUAACGGCAGUGGCGUAGGCUCCAAGCUUCUCCGAUCAUCUUCUUUCCAAGCUAAAGACGGCGUCUACGCUGUACAACAAGGCUAUGGUACCAUUGACGGGGCCGUCGGUUCGGUAAUUUCUCCGUUGGAUGCCAACCAAAAACAACAGACCCAAGAUGUCAUUACUGAAUCUCAAUUUGAGCGAGACAGCGGCAUCUUGGCAUCCUCUCCUGUUCGUACACCGAGAGGAAGUAAACCCAGUAGCAUUUAUUCCGUUGAACAGCGACGCGCGAACUCUUUCCGACACGGCCCCGCUCGAAGUGGAAGCAUUACAGAACAAGUGAUUGAUGUCAACGGAGUCCGCAAAGUCGUUCUUCAAAUGACCGGCAGCAGUUCAUCCGGUGAUGAAGACUCCACAAGUAUCGACAGAACAUCACCCACUUCACAACAGCCUUCUCCCUCUCAAGAAAGGGCAGAAACAAUCUACGAACAAGCAAUUGAGUCCGAGCACGACGGUGGGUCCGCUAAUACAUCCAAGAAGAAACGGCGAAGACGUAAGAAGAAGAAGCAAGGCAACGAGGAUCUAGAGAGUGCGCCCUUGCUACCGAAGUGA